CCCUGACUGCCUUUUUCCCCCCACACGCCUUGACCAGUCUUAGAGCAGAGCUUGGGAGCACGGCAUGAGUUGGCAUCACCUUUGGCGGCGCGGCUGCAGCAGCAAGCCGUGCCGUCAAAAAGCCCACCCGGAGCGCAGCGAGACUACCUCUGCUUCUGCCCCGCAAGGUCCGCAUUGACUCUGCAGCGAGAAUUCUGUUCCUCAUCGAAACGACGAAACUACACGUGGCUUGCAAACCGCCGCCAUGCAGCCAACUCCGCCGUCCACCGACUCCACGCCCCGCUCUGCCGAGCACAUCGUCUCUGUGCUCGGGCACGACCUCGAUCAAACCAUGAUCGAGGAGACGAAUACCUUUGAGCGCGGCUCUCCUGCAUCUGCCCCAGCAGAGUGGCUCAACAUUGAUGCCCCAGUCCCACUUGCUCACACCACCACGGCCAUCAACGCGUCGGUACCAGCCCUGGGCGACGCCGCAAACGAAGACUACGACAAUCUCUCGGCCCACCCCAGCCAGCUGACCAGCCUACGCCAGACCUGGCGCGAAGCCCGCAUGCGACGAUUGAUGCGCGAGGCCGACCUGUGGGGCUCCACGCUCGAUCUGCCCCGACCCGACUUUGUCGGCAAUGCUCAUGCUCACAAGGGCGUCGUUCACACCAUGCUCAUCAUGGGCCGGACCAUGCGCCAUCUCCGCGUCUUCAACAGCUGGCGGGGCCUCUGGCGCAGCGUGGGUCGAUACUACAACGACCUGAACGUGUGGGGUGGUUGGCUUUUUGUGCUUGGAGGGCUGCUCUACUUUUUAGGCCCCCUAUUGCUCAUGCAAGAGGUCAUUGAUCACGAUGGUGCCGUCUACGUCUCGGUGGCCGGCGUUGUUGCCUUUCUCCUGGCCAAGCUCUUUGUCGAAGCCCGCGCCAUUUACUCUACCCUCUGGGACCGACCCAGUCGACGGCCCGGGUCGGCAUACCACACGGGCGUUCUCUCACUCACAUUGGGAGGGCUUUUCUUGCUUGCCUAUGCAAUUUUUUAUCUGCAGCGCCACCCGGUCGCCGCCUCGUGGAACUGGUUUUGCUCCUGCGCUUGGUUUCUCAUUGGCACCUUCAUCUUCCUGGUGGACUCGGCCGACCACUUUCAGCGGCCCCUCUGGACCCGCAUUGUCAACAGCUAUUUCUGGGGUUCACUGGCGCUUUUUAUUGGCUCCGUCUUUUACAUGAUUUCGGGGACUUGCAACUUGAACGGCAUUCGCGAUUUGCAAGCCCCCAUCCAAGGCGAUCCUUUUGCUCGACGGGAUGUCUGCUCCGAGUCGCUCGUGAUUUGGUUUGACUUGCUCGGCGGUUUCUUCUAUUUUGUCGGCGCCAUCCUCUUCCUAGUCUUUGCCUACGGUGAGCUGUGGGAUGCUGAGCAGGGCGUGGACCCCCGCUGCAUCACCCGGUCAGGCGAGGGCGCGCCGCACCCCUUCCGCCCCCGCGAGGGGACGAGCGGUGAGCCCGCCGAUCCCCAGCCGGACACGGAACGCUUCGUGCCUGUGUCUGCCGCUGCCGAAGCUGGUCUGAUCGGCACCAAGCGUCUCGUCACCUGCGUGUAAAGCUUCAAGCCAUUUCCUGUGAAGAUUAUUCAUCUUCCCCAUCUCUGCUCUUGAUUUCUCUUGUUUUUUGCUUUUGCUGUUGCUUUUCCUCUUUUGCCAGGAGAGCUGUUGUUGCUUUACUGCUGUACUUUGUUUUUCCCGGGCACGUUGCUCAAUUCCCUUAUCAUUUGAAACACGAAAAAAAAAAAAAAAAUGCUCAUUGUGAGAGUGUGCUGUCUCGACCACUCCUUGUCCAAUCGAUUUCAACAGG